UGGGAUGCCAGUUCAUUUCGGGGCACACAAACACGCCAGUCCCAUUUUUCCCAUUAGCUUGCUAGUACACGUAGAUAGGGCCCCCAGGAAGAACCCAGGACCCCAGUUUUGCGAGGCUAACCACAGUACUGCUCUGCUGCCCUUGAUAGUUAUAGAUCAAACAAAUUUUAACGAAAAUUACAAGAGGUCAUCUUUAAUUUUUAUUGCAGACACAGUUUGCAAAAUACUGUUCAGACACAUGCACACUGGAUUCGAGCCUUUUGAAUAAGCAUGCGUGACCUUGCGGCUCAGGUAACCAGCAGUCUGCUAAGAUUUCCAGAAGUGACGAUAGAAGCACUCGGGGAAGAUGAGAUCAAACUGGAUUCCAUUUUACACGGGAGGUUUGCCGCGGGGAGGAACGGGGUGGCCUGGCUGGCGUGUGGUCCUCAGCUGGAGGUGGUCAGCUCCACCACGGGGGAGAGGCUGUCUGCCUACCGUUUCAGCAGCAUUGGCGAGAACACCCCCAAUGUCCUGACAGCCAAGGAGUUCUGCUGGCUGAAGAGGACUGGUCUCCUGGUGGGCCUGGAGGAUGCGGCGGGGAGCAUGCUGUGCCUGUAUGAUCUGGGAAUCUCACGGGUGGUGAAAGCAGUGGUUGUGCCUGGAAGAAUAACAGCAAUUGAACCCCUGAUAAGUUAUGGUGGUGCUAGUACCAGUACUCAGCACUUACACCAGAGUCUGCGCUGGUUCUUUGGGGUUGCUGCAGUGGUAACUGAUGUGGGACAUGUGUUACUAAUCGAUCUGUGUUUGGAUGAUUUAUCCUGCAGUCAAAGUGAGCUAGAAGCUUCAGAUCUCGAAGUGAUUCACAAAUCCCCAUCGGAGAUCCCUCGUAUUCGAGAGCGCGUAACCAACCAAGGCAGGCACCUGUGCCUCCAGUUACUCAGCCCGACAGGAACCAGUGCCACAGCGCUUCAGUACAUAACAAGGACAAACCAGCUGGCAGUCGGGUUCUCUGACGGUUACCUUCAGCUUUGGAACAUGAAGACAUUAAAAAAUGAGUAUCACUCACAGUUAGAAGGUGGCAGAGUGCCAGUUUACACCUUUACCUUCCAGGAGCCUGAGAAUGACCCUCGGAACUGUUGCUAUCUGUGGGCGGUACAGUCUGCCCAGGAUGGUGAAGGCGAUGUUGUCAGUUUGCACCUCCUGCAGUUGGCAUUUAGGGAGAGGAAGUGUUCAGCUUCUGGAAAGAUACUUUAUGAGGGUUUGGAGUACUGUGAGGAGCGAUACAGUCAAGACCUGGUCGAUGGCACGUUUGCACUGAGGAGCCAGGCAACCAACACCCGACUGCUAGGAUGUCAAACAAUUGAGAAGUUCAGAAAUCAUCCUGAUAGGGAUGACAGCAUGAAUGAAGUUGCCUCUCCUGACACCAGUGUGUCCAUUUUCAGUUGGCAUGUGAAAUCUUACGGCCAGGCCCGGCCAUGUACCUAUAUAGGAGUGUUCGACAUUAACCGAUGGUACCAUGCACAGAUGCCAGAUUCUCUCAGAACUGGGGAGUUUCUGCACUGUUGUUCGUAUUUUGCUCUUUGGUCGUUGGAGUCUGUGGUAGAGAUGACCUCUCCAAGCCCGCUCCUGGAUGUCUUGGUACAUGAACGUAGUUUGAGUCGAGGACUCCCUCCUAGAUGCCCACCUCCGGAACAGUUUUUUAACCCCACCACUUAUAAUUUUGAUGCGACUUGCUUACUGAACUCUGGUGUUGUCCACUUAACAUGUUUGGGAUAUCAGAAAGAGACAUUAAGCUUCUUGAAAAAGUCUGGUCCUUCCUUGAAUGAAGUUAUUCCUGAUGGGUAUAACCGAUGUCUGAUGUCUGGCCUCCUCUCUCCUCGACUUCAUGAAGUGCAGCCUUCUAGUCUUUCUCAGGAGGAGCAGUUAGAAGCUAUAUUAUCAACUGCUGUUGACACAAGUUCGUUAGGCCUCAUUACUGGAUGCAUCAAGCAAUGGACUGCAGAGGAGCAACCAGGGUCUGCGGCAAAUCUGCGCUUCGUUCUUGAGUGGGCCUGGAAUAAAGUGACCUUUAUGAAGGAAGAACUUGACAGAAUUUGUGCCCCACUGUUUGACAGUUCCUGUAACUUCAUUGAUCCACAGACACUUCAGGCCCUGCAGCACUGCCAGCUCUUGAUUAGCAAUUUGAGCACCAUCUUCAGCUGCUUCCUCAAUGAAGCACAAGACAUCACUGAAAAGGGACUAGUGGGCUUAACAAACAAGUGUGUGGUGACUAACUUAAUCUCUCAGUAUGCUCAAGUGGUUCUGUGGUUCUGUCGCUCUGGCCUUUUACCUGAAGGAUCGGAUGAUGUUCUUCAGCUUUCAAGACCUUUUUAUAGUUACCCUGUUAUAAAGAACUAUUACACAAGUCGAAGAGAGAAGCUAGAACGCCUCUCAAAAGGAAAAUGGUGCUCAGACUGCCUCAUGAUUGAUGGGAUGGUAUCCCAAUUUGGAGAUCGGAUCGCAAACCUGUGGAAGCGCGAUGAAGGUGGAACAGGACAAUAUCCGCCACCGACUUUACAUGCUUUGCUUGACAUUUAUCUUCUGGAUGGUGUGGAAGAAGCAGCAAAGCAUGCCAUUGUUAUUUAUUUGUUACUGGAUGUCAUGUAUUCUUUUCCUAAUAAAACUGAAUCUUCUGUUGAAUCUUUCCCAACUGCAUUUGCAAUCCCAGUUGGCUUGGUUAAGCUUGUCCAGGGGUUUUGGCUGCUGGAUCACAAUGAUCACGAGACCUCCUUGGAUCUCCUCCUUCAUCCAGCCGCCUGCAGAGCGAUCCUGUCUUGGCAGCAUGCACGGAUAAUCCAGGCCCUCAUGUGUCAAGGAGAGCGCCGACAGGCUCUUAGAUACUUACAGAUGAUGAAGCCAGCGAUAUCUUCCACUGCUGAAAUAAUGCUGUACCUCACAGUGUUGCUCCAUAACAGAUGUAUGGUAGAAGCCUGGAGUCUGUUGAGGCAACACUCAAACAAGCAGAAUCUGGAUGAGCUGCUGAAGUACAUGUAUGAAAUGUGCCAGGAGUUGGGGCAGAUGGAGGAGCUGCUGAAGCUGCCUCUGAGCCUUGCUGAGCAGGAAUGUCUGGAGAAAUUCUUUCAGACCACCAGUGGCCUUCAAAACCAGGAGUAUCUCAUGGUUCAUUAUCUACAGCAAGCCAACUAUGUGCCAGCCUUGCAGCUUAAUCAGACCUUAAAAAUGAACUUAGUAAAUGACAGAGAUCCCAAACUGAAAGAACGGGCCAAUGCCAGAAACUCAAUUCUCGACCAGUAUGGAAAAGUUCUUCCCAGAAUCCAGCGAAAACUUGCCACAGAACGAGCAAAACCUUACCAUCACCCAUCCACACUGCUACGGGAAGUUGCCAGGCCAGAGCCUUUAUCAACUGUGGCCAAACCAGCAACUAAAGGGAAUGUGCUGACAAGAGCAGCAUUCAUCAGCAAUGUCCUCUCAAAAAUUAGUGAGGUGUGGGUUCAAGAACAGACGAAGUCAAACCCCUCUCCACUGAAAAGCCCUAAGGUUCCAGACCUGCCACCCUUCACUCCACGUCGGCUGUCACUGGAGCUACCUGAGGCAUUCAUAGGAACGCCCAUUACUAAGUCAUCGAAGAGGAUUUCCAGGAUUUUAGACUUAGUGGUUCAACCAACCUCUGAGGUGUCACCUGAACCUUUAAGGUUCCAGCAAACUCCCCCCAAGCCUCACCACUCAUGGUCUACAUCCAGCCCUCUAAAACCAUCGGCGGGUAAACCCAGCUACUUCGAAAAUGUUCCCAUUGCAUCCGAGUUAUGUUUGCUGCAGACUCCACAGGUUGUAAAGAGAGGAAGAGCCCUGGCUUCUGCUAGCUCCGGCUUCCCUGGCUUCACUCCACAGUCAAUCCUGAGAACAAGCCAGCGCCCGACUCCUGUGGGUUCUCCCUCCGCUUCUCCCGGCCGGUCCCUUACCCCCCCACUGCGUGCCAAGGAGAGCCGCAUCACGUUCAUAGAGGAGACCACUGCCACAUCUGCCAGAUGGAGCAAUGAGGAAAGAUCAGAGGUUGCCGAAGACCGUGAGGUCAAUUUGCUGCCAGCUACAUCUGUUCUAAAUACUCAGUCGGACAGCGCCUCCUCUGCCUCAGUAGAGGAAUGUGAGUUUAAGCCAAGCGAGCAGCAGACCCCGGAGCCUCCUGCUGAUGUAGAGGUUGAGGAAGAAGGGGUGAGCCCAGAGACCUCUGGAGUGGAAGGGCUGGAGAAAAUGAGUGAGCCUCAUGAAAUGAGUCACGCAUCGGUCAGAUCUGGAGACACCACACUGGAGUUUCAUGAUGCCCCCACCCCAGAGGACCUGGAGGACAACGUGGUUGUUGUGAACCUAAAGCCUGCAGAUCCUGAGGAUAAAGAAUCCACCGCAAAUGAGAUGGAUGAAGAUGUGAAUCCUGAAGAGAGACCGCAGGAUAGUCCUGCGUGUAAGGAACAAGUUCAGCCUCCAGUUUUUGAUGAUGUCGACCAAACCUCAUCUGAGAAUAUUCCCACAACUUUAACACGCUCUAGCAUUAGGGAAGCAUCUCAGACAGGAUACCGUUUGUCAUUUAGUGAAAGUGCUUCUUUUGGUCAUGAAAGGAAGCAGGAGCUCUUCCCAAUUUUCUCUGAAACUUUUCUGGUCUCUGAACCAGCAAUAGCUGACCCUGUGGUCAGUGUACAUCACAGUGAAGAGUGCUCCACGGCAGCCUCUGAAACGAAACUCGAGGUUGUGCUAGAAGCUGGUCAGGAAAGCAAAGUUGAAAUCAUUGAGGAUCUUAAUGAUAGUGUUCAAGAGGAGCCACCAGAGAUCUGCUACAUGCAGGAGUCCUCUGUUGCUGACCUUCCUGUCAUCACACAGGAAAUACAAGUCAAGGAGUUGGUAGAUGAGGACAUGGAAGCUAAAGCCCUAGAUGAGGAACCGGACGCAGUGACUUACACAGAGCUGCUGCCUUCUGCCUCUGUUCUCAUCCCAUUGGAGUUCAAUGAAGAGCAACAGCUUGAUCGAGAAGCUUUGCAGCUGGAGGAAGCUGGUGCUUACAAUACUGCUGUGGACCAUGAGGAGGCUCCUGCAACUCCCAGUAAUUUUACUCUAAUGCUUGAGGAUGAGGAUGAUGGCUUGGCUGAAUCUGAUGAGCAUGUUCUGAUUCUGGAGCUGCCAGAAGUGUCGGAGAGGAAGGUUCAAGUUGCCGAGAGCAAGCUAGCAUCCUCAGAAGAGCAGGUUGAUAACCAGGAGGCGGACUCUUUAGAAGAUAUCAACAAGGAUGUUACUGAGGUUCACACAGCUGCUCCACAGACACUUUCGUAUGUUCCUGAGCCAAUUAAAAUGGCUAUUGCAGAAAACUUGCUGGAAGCCAUUAAAGACACUAGAACUAAAGAAUUUUCUGCAGAGGUCAUUGAAACUUCUAUGCCGCAAGAGGUUCUUGUGACCAGCAGGAAGCUUAGAAGCUCGUCUUCAGUAGGGAAGCCAGUUCAGCUAGUCACACCUGUGCUUGGAGAGGUGAAAACUCCUAGUACAGAAGAUAGAAAAUCAAGACGUACCAGGGGGAAAAGUUUGUUGGUGGAUGAUGAGCAGAGCUCAAGCGUUCAGCCUGCUGCAGUGAAGGAGGUUGUGAAAGGCCACCCUGGUUCUUCAACCCCACAGAAGUCUACAAGGAGUAAAAAGGGUGUUCUUUCAGAAGACUCUGAAAAGAACACUCAUUCUGAAGAAGAGAAGCUUUUGGAUCAAACAGAUAUACCAGAUUUACAAAUGCCUGUAACACCUAGAAGAUCCACCAGAAGUACAAAACAUCUGCAUGAUUCUGAAAUCCCACUUACCCCAAGAAGAAGUAGAAGAAUAAUCAAAGAUACUCAAUCUGACGGGGUUCCCAAUAAUUCCAAGCCUCAAACUCCACAAAAAACAGUCCAGACGAGAGGAGACCGCAGAAUAAGGUACUCUGUUGUUGAGGCUUCUGAGGACAUUGAGGCACAGGAAGAAAUUAUUGAUCAAGAAGUCCCAAUGCCAGUGACUCCCACUAGGAGUAGUAGGCGAACACGGAAUAAUGUUGCUGAUGUACCUGAAAAUACCCCUGUAGUUACUGAUGAAAAGUCCACUGAUCAAUCGAAAACAAUACCUAGCAGUCCAAGUAGGGUUACCAGGAAAUCCCUGGGACUUACACUACAGAUUCCACAGAUGGCCAGGCAGGAAGAGAAAGACACUGAGCUAGCUGAGCAGGUGCCUUCAAUUCCAAAGAAAAGGGGGAGAAAACCAAAAGGCAGUACAUUAGAAAAACCCAAGCCUGUUUCUAAUGAACUACCCGACACUCUUCGCCGAUCAGAGAGGAAUCGAUUCACAAGACUGAUGGAUAUAUCAGAAAAAACCUUGCUUUCAGAAGACCUUCCCCCACAUGAGCCGAGAUUGCAGUCGGCUGAUUCUCUGAAGGAAAGAAUUGAGCAAGAAACCAAAAUGUCAGAGAAUCUCAUCUUUGAGGGUGAAGUGCCUAUCAAUGAUAAAAGUAACAAAGCUUUAGUUAGCCAUAAAAGAGGGAGUAGAGCUGUUACAAAAGUAGCUAUCGAUCACGUUCCUUCCUCAUCAGAGGCUGGUUUUAUGGGGAAUAUUGCAGCAGCUGAAGCAAAUGAUGAGCCACAAAUUGAAACACAUGAUAUAGAAGCACCUGAAGGAUGUGCUGACAGGUCAUCAGAGACAGCACUCCAGAAAUUAAGCAGACAGAAUCGUUCAGGCCAAGUUCCUAAUCCUGAGACCUUUGUCUUCUCACCUCCUCGAGCUAGAUCAAAAAAACUGAAAGAUAAGUCAGAACCACUUGAAGCCCCAACAGAUGUGGAACCUCAGUUUGUAUUUUCACAACCCGUUACACGGACAAGGCAGAAAAUGGGGGCCACAGAAUCGCAGACAGUAGAAAAUGUGCUUGAGAUGGUGGAGGACCUUCCAAAAGCUUUGGAAGAGAAGGAUUCUGAUGUUUCAAAACCAAGGAAAAAGCGAGAGACUAAGGCAAAGAAAAAAGUCGCUUGGUCUCCCCCACCUGUGGAAGUUAACUUAAUCUCCCCCAUGCCCACCCCUGAUGAACUACCACAAGGGCGGCAGAAGAAAUCUGAAGAGGGUGACACUCCUGUACAGAGGACUGGUCUCCGGAGAAACAGAAAGAGACUGAGAGAUGCCAUUUUCCCAAAGCCUGUGACUCGCAGGAAGAUGCUUUGAUGUUUUUUUAAUCUUAAUGAAUUUUCUGUCUGCUGUUUUCUAUUUAAGUGUGAAGAACUGCAACAAUUUGGAAAUGUAUCCAUAAAUGAAUCUAAUUUGAAAGAAAUUAUUUUAUAUAAAUUAAUGUAAAAUUGCAUCAAUAAGAUCUGCAUUGGGCUGGUAGAAAAAUAGCUCCUAAUGGAGUGUUGGGGAGGGAGCUUUUUAUUUUGUAAGACUUCAUUUAUAUAUGUAUACUGAUGUAAAUGUAAAUAUCUUUUAGGUAUGUUAUAAAUAAAACUUGGUAACAUUUUUUAAGCUUUCUUUAUGGUAUUUAGAUUUUUCACCAAAUUUGCUUUUACACAUCUGUAACAGGAAAGAGAAACUUUGCAAGAAUUUUAUGUUCUGUUAAAUUCAGCAAUCAGUGUUUGCAUUGGUGAUACAGACACAAUGCCCGUCAUUGGUUCCGGUCACUUUUAAAUUUUCUCCACUUUUAAAAUUAAGAUUACACUAUUUGCACCAGUAGUUUGUUUUAAUCCAAUGUAUUGCAGAGGGAGAUUUGUUUUUCCCAAACCAGGGUAGUCGGUGUUGACACUCUUUACUCGCGGUCUGGACCACGCCGAACAUUGCAGACUUCCCAAUUCAAGAUUUUUUGCUUUUGAAGAUGUAUUUGUCCUGGAUGUCUCGGGUCUGCAGCACAUUUAUAGUUGUACACUUUUCCUUUCUGUCCUUAUGCCACAAACUGUAAAUACAACCUUGUAUGCAUAGCACAGGUUUAAGGCAGAAUUUAUGGCUGGGGAAGGCAACAAACGGCUACAAUUUGGGUGGUGUAAACAAUUGUUUGUGUGUGUGAUGUAAGCGCGGCAGAUUAGUAAAAUAAGAACUGAAUGCAUAAUGAAAGUGUCUGCUUUUCCUCUGAAUGCAUCUUGGAUUUAAAAUUAAGAAUGAUUUUGUAUAGGUAAGACUAGCAAUAAUGUCUUAAUUAUUUAUGUCUGAACAGUGUGUGGUGUAACGAGAUACAUUUUGAAGCUCAUGUUACCCUACUUUCAGGAUCGAGUGCAUUUUUAAAUUGCAAUUGUGUUCACUUUUACUUGUGGUAGAAUCAUUUUGGCUGCAGGUAGUACUCCAUCAAAUUAAAAUUGAGAAUUUUGUAAAGAAAUGUCUAAUAAAGACUGUGUUAAAGUUGCUGUACGUGUGAGGCCUUUCAACAAGGUGAGUUUAUCGUUAUGGUUUGUCUUGUCUGGAGGCUGAUGGGUUUGAAUAGAAAAAUCCAAGAAUGGAUUAAUGUUAAUCUUACCUUGGUGGUCAUUUUAAUUGGAACUUAAUUUUGAAGUUCUUUCGAAUCGGAUAUUUAAAAUGUUGGAAUAAAAUCACUCUGCAGUA